AUCGACCGCGCGUCUCUCAUCCUGUGUUGCCUGCCUCGGGGCCUACACACGCCUUACGCCCUCACACACACACGCCUCGCACACGCCCACACCACUCCCCGAUGUCACAACCUCCUCCAAGACCCGCUGAUACGAUUAAAAGCCAAAAAGGAUAAAGCAAGAUCCUCUCCCUCAUCUCUAGAACAACAUGGCAACUGGCACCGGCUUUCGUCCGUGCAACCUUGGAUGUAUUUCACAGUUUUUCACCCUUCCUACGUUUGUCAGGAUGAAGGGACAGUGGCGGAAUACGUGUUAGUUCUCCCCUGAGUGGUUCAUCAUGCCCAGGUGCGCCAGAAAACGUUAUUAUCAUAGUUUUUCGCACAAGUGACUGUGUGGCAACUCGAAUUUAUAUACUGAGUGUCUGGAAAUCCUCGCUCAGUGGCGCCGGGAUGGCCGAGGAGGAAGGAGGGUCUAUCGCGCGCUCCCGCUCCUCCCAUGACUAGUGUGCUGUAUAUUUUGUGUAUUGGUGAGGCCACAGUGACCCAGGCUAGCCAAUUGUGACCUCCACACGUGACUUCGCUACUUGUGACUCGCUGCAGUGAAGGGCAGAGGCAGGAUUGCUAAGACCACCACCACCACCACCACCACCACCACCAGCAUGGCGUGUGGUGGGGCCGUGGGGGGGAGGAGGGGACGUUGAACCCUCAUCACAAUAUACUCCUACUAAACCCCCAACUUUCUGACACAACCCCCCACGAACACAACAACAAUAACUACUACUACUACUACUACUACUACUACUACUACUACUACUACUACUACUACUACUACUACUACUACUACUACUUCUGCUGAUACUACUACAAAAAGAAGAAAAAGAAAAGGAAGAGAGAAAAGACUACCACCACCACCACCACCACUACCACUUCGAUGACAGUCAAUGCCCACCGCCUUGCCAGCUGGGUAGGACGCUCGGACUGGCUGUGGGCACUGUUAACCACCUCCACACCAUCAUCCACCACCCAUUCCACCCCCUCCUACUCCACCUUUCCGUCAUGGGUGUGGUUUCGUAGCGUGGCGGUGGUCGUGCUAAUAUCCACAGCAGCGCAAAGUAAUCUCCCAACCUCCACUGCACAUCCUCCACCUGAGACGCCGCCCCAGUACGUCAUGGCGGAGUUGGAAGUACUGCGGUUGGUGUUAGCGGCUGGUGUCCUGGUCUUCUGGGUCGGCUUCUGGCUCAUUCACGUCAUCGGUAUCGUGUAUGGAUACAGGCGCCUUCACCGUAGGAGGGGCGUGGAGGGAGCCGGGGCUGAGUCAGGGGCGGCAGGGGUUAGCAUCCUUAAACCCCUCGUUGGUAACCCCAUGGACCCCAACCUCAUGACCAACCUCGAGACAUUUUUUACUAUGCAGUACCCCAAGUACGAGCUUCUGUUCUGCAUCCAGGAGGAGGGCGACCCAAGCAUCAUGGUGGUGCAGCAGCUGAUGAAGAAGCACCCACACGUUGAUGCCUCCUUCUUCAUUGGAGGCAAGGAAGUCGGCGUGAACCCCAAGAUCAACAACAUGCAGCCGGGGUACAUGGCAGCCAAACAUGAGCUCCUGCUGGUGUCCGACUCCGGGGUGAUGAUGAAGGAAGACACCCUCAGCGACAUGGUGACUCACAUGACUCCUGACGUGGGCAUAGUUCACCAAAUGCCCUUCUGUUGUGACCGGAAAGGCUGGCCUGCUAUUCUGGAGAAGGUGUACUUUGGGACGGGGCAUGCCAGGAUGUACCUGUUCCUGGGCCUGCUGGAUGCGCUGCGGCUCAGAGUCAACUGCUGCACCGGGAUGUCCUGCCUCAUGAGGAAGAAAGUGCUGGACGAGGCAGGAGGUAUCAGUGCCUUUGGGAUUUACCUAGCUGAGGAUUACUUCUUCGCCAAGUUUAUCCAAGACCGAGGGUGGGGCAUUCGCAUCGCCUCCCAGCCCGCCUGGCAGAAUUCAGGGACCUGUCGUGUGAAGACCUUCCUCUCGCGGUUGACCAGGUGGUGCAAGCUGCGCGUGGCCAUGGUGCCACAUACUAUCCUGUUGGAACCCUUCAGUGAGUGCAUGCUGCUGGGCCUGGUGGCCUCCUGGGCUGGCACUGUGCUGCUCAGGGCAGACUACCUCACCUUCUUCCUCUUUCACACCCUCACCUGGUCCCUGGCAGAUUGGGUCAUGCUCAACAUUGUGCAAAAUGGCCCUCCACCCUUCACCAAGUUUGAGUUUGUGAUCAGCUGGUUGUUCCGGGAGGUGAGCGCUCUCUUCAUCUUCCUCCAUGCCCUGUGGAACCCGGUCAUCAGCUGGAGGGACAGUUCCUUUAAGCUGCGCUGGUUUGGGGUGGCUGAGCCCAUCAACAGCCGGGUCAUAGUGUGAGGCUCACUGGGUGUUCCCUGUGCUGCUGCUUGGCUUGCCACCGAGCUGGUGCUGCCCUCCGGUGCUGCCUCUUGGGAAGUGAAGGGAUGGAGCCAGACAGCAGCAGGACACCUAGUGAAGUGGACUGUUCCUGCUCAUCUGCUGCACUCCUGACACACACACACACACACACACACACACACACACACACACACACACACACACACACAGACACACACACACACACACACACACACACACACACACACACACACACACACACACACACACACACACACACACACAGCUUUCCUGGUCCAUAUUGUGACUGCAGCUGUGUUGCCUCUCGAGUCUUGAGCAGUGACAUGCUCUCAGCGCUGUGGCAGGCCCAAGACAGUGCUUCGCUUCACAACACUUGCAAGACUCUGUGAUGGAGACACACAGACAGUGGUGCCAUGACAAUGACUGACUCAGAGGCCUGUGUCAUCCUCAUGUUCUCUAGAGUGGUGCCUCAAUGGCCCAGUGGAGUGCCACGGCAAGGCACCUCCUUUGUUUUCUUGUUACGUGUGGGGCGCCCCACUGCCGGGACGCAGCGCCCAUCACCUGCAUCGAGAAGAUCUGCAAUAAUUACUUUGUUAUUAUUACAUUACAUGCAGAAUUUCAUUCUGUAUGUGAUUGUGGAUAUUACUCAUAGCCGGACAAUCAUGGCCAUGAUUGUUGGAAAGCCUUGCUCGGUACUGUAGCAAGCAUGUACGAGGCAGGCAGCAGUGCCCUUGUCAGGCAGGGAGGUGGCAAGGCUCCCUUAGGUGACACAACUACUUAGGCAAGGGCACCUUUGCUGCCACACACAUUCCGUCCUCCUCACGGCCCAGCGUGAGGGUCGUCGGAGCCGCUGCUGCCGCACUCAGGACACUGCUGCAGGAAGUGGUGCCCUCCAAGAUGACUUUAUUUUCCUGUAGGUCGGAGCCUGUGGCACCGUCAUGCCCGUCUGUGUGUGGGAGACUCGUGUGUGUGGCCAACAAGGGAGGUGUGAUGCAUCAGGGAAAGAAAUUAUAAGUGAAAAAACAAAAGAAAAACAAAAACAAACUAACUGAAGAAACCACUUGAAUGAGAGUGAACUUUGGGAAGUGAAAACUGCAUUUACUGAGGAAUACAAGUGGUAAUGAGGCUGAAUGUAAACAAGAUUUUGCAUCAAAUUUUGGAAGUGAUGUCUACUAAUUAAGGAAGAGCUAUGAUUAUCUGAGUGUGAAGUAAGGGCUUGAAGGUGGCUCGCUGCAGGAUGCCACAGUAAUGGUAGGCACAGCUCAAUGGGAGGGGGGUGUGCAUGGAUGCGUGUGGUGUAUGCUUGUUUGUGUGCAUGUGUCUGAGCAUGUGAGCGUGUGUGAGGGGAGGUGGCACAAAACCGAACUUCAUGCAUUCAACUUUACUCUACAUGCAGCUAAUUCUUAUUCCUGAUGUGAAGAACCACUGAGUCUUGGAGCUUAAGGGGAAAGUCUGGCAGAAAUGAGGCUUUGAUGCCAAUGAGUAACACAGACUUCCCUUCUGCCCUGAGUGAGUGAGUGAGUGAGUGCACGUGAUGUUCUUUCCAGGACUGCUUCGCCAUGACAAGAGCAAAUCCAUUUCUUGCUUCUACACCUGCACACCUUCUGCGUCUUGGCUAUUUUAUAGACCAACAUUGAUCUCUCACUGUCUCUCUUCCCUUCCUUGCCACCUCCUGUGCUGUGCUGAGUGAAUCGCUUGAGUGCUGUGCCUUCCAAAAACAUAGCAUUCACUCUGCUGCAUUUAUUGUACCCACUGAACUGGGUAGCAUGAUCAGAAAUACAGUCAGUUAGGUUAACUCCUAUGAGUACUACCAAGGUCUUUGCUCAAUUGGGUGUGUUGGUGUGUCAGUCAGUCAGUUGGUUAGUAGUUCUGGGCAGGUGGUUGAAAGCAGAAUGUCAGAGGAACUUUUCUAUGAUGUGGUUUAAUUAUUUAAAAGUUGCACAUUAGGCCAUUCAUUCUUUGAUUUCCUAUAGCUGCUUAAAACAUCAUGCAGUUGUUAUUAGGUAAAGGUAUUGUGUAAAAAAUGCCGUUCUUGUCUGAUUGGACAUUUUGGGAUGAAAUUAUGCAAAGGUUCUCUGGCCAGUCUGCCUGGAUGUUGUUCAGAAUGAUGGGGACAGCCAGCCACCCUCCCCAACAUUAUUUCCAGUAAGCUUAGAGGAGGAAGGGAGAAACCUGCUGUCAGUCAGCUUGCCAAAGACCCAAGGCACAAAGAGGGGGGAGGUGGCUGGCCAGACCCUUGGCAGAAAUGCACAGAACUGUUGUUACCUUACAAAUGUAUAUAUAUUUUUUGGAUUCAUGAGAACUAUUUAAAUGUACAAUGCAUUUUUUUAGGUUAGCAUGUGAUUAUGUCUGCAUCGCCAUCGUCACUUGUGUUGAGCCUUCCCACACUACACACCUUGCCACCUAUUUGUCAAAUUGAAGACUUGUUAAAUCUCAUUUAAAAUGUACACUUCCCUUGGUUUCUGUCGUAACAGUGCCCAGAAAGCACAGUAAUGGGAUUCGUCACUGAGCAUUGUUCCCUAGUGCCAAGACCAGCUAGUGCCAAUGUAAUGUCUUUCUGUAGGUCAUGCAGAGAAAGAUGGGAUGAUAGAGUGAUCACAUGUUUCCUCUGAAGUUUGGUCAGUUUAGUUUUAAGAAUUGUGAAGGACUUCAUCAAGUAAUCAGAACAAUGUUGAGAAGUGAAGUUGAAUUACCCUUUACUUUCAGAAAUUGCUGCCACCACUUCCACUACUACUCCACUUUCCUAAAGGCAUGACUAGUAUAGAGUAUGGAAGGACUUCUUCACACAUUGAGAUAAAGAGAAGUAAAAGAUCUAAGUGGAAGGUGGCAGUGGUGAUUAGAAAGGUAUCUAUCUCCUAAGCUUCCCUUGACUUGUGCUCUGAUUGCUACAUUUAAGUCCUUCACAUUCUCCUCUGGUCACUCACCAUCAUAUACAGACACUCUUGUGUAUGUUGCUGCGGACUUGUCACCGAUACGACGAAACCUGGGAAGGUAAAUUUUUUUCUGCUUGCUUUGGUUCGUUCCUAUGUAAAAUUCCUAUGUAUAAAAAAAAGUCGUCUGAUAUUGGUACCCAGUGGAUGUUUGUUCCUCAGUGACACACGCCUUGUUGUUUGAGAGUCCAGUGGUGCAUUACCUGGUUUGUGUUUGUCAAUAAAUGCUGAUGAAGCA